ACUGGUCGAGUUUAAUGGUGUUCAAGCACACAUAUUAGUAUACAACAUUUUUAAGAUAAGUUCUCUGUAUAACACACUUAAUCGGAGUUUCACCAAUAAAAAAUAAUUUUCGUUGAUAUAAUAUACUAUAUUAAUCUUGUCGUGUAUAAAUCUAUCAUAUUUAAAACUAUUAAUAAUAUUUACUGUUAGAUAUGCGUUACGAAUAUAGAUGGUUUCGAUUAAUAWUCAAUUUUGUUUAUGAUGUUUCAGUUCAUACUCUUGAGUACAUAAUACCUUAAAAUUAACAAACAGAUAAAACAAUAAAUAGUUAAUUUAUUUGUUCAGUUCGAAUAAGAAGACGUUACUGCUUAUAUUUUCAAUAACAAAAAAAUAGAUGAACACUUUUGCUUCAAGUUCAUUUUGCAUGGGCAAACGAAAAAUAUAUUGGAAAACUCAUCAAACAUUUUAAGGUAUAACUAUAUAAGUGUCGUGUAAGAUUARCACAUCAAAAUAUUUCAGCGCCCCCCCGUAUCUGUUAUUGACAAAUCUUCUAUCAGAAAUAGGCAACAUUUUAAAAUACGUUUACAGAUAAUUGUAAAAUUAAUUUCAACUGAUCGUGAAGAUAUGUGGCUGCUAACUUUCACGAUACUGUUGGCCGUUUUGGCGAUUGCUUCAAUAGUAAUAAGCGUUAAAGGCAGAAGAAGAAGGAUAUUAGCUAACCAAAUACCGGGUACAGAAGGAUCGUUUAUGGUGGGCGUAUUACCGUUGGCUAUACAAGGAGCUGAACAAAAAAUUAAAAGCGCACAAAAUAUAUACAGAACAUACGAAAAAUCAUUAUUUAAACUUUGGUUGUUAAAUAAUUUGUACAUUAUUCUUACUUUGCCGGAAGAUAUUGAAUUUGUUCUUACGAAUCCAAAAUUUCUAAGAAAAUCCAAGGAAUACAUGGUUUUGCAACAGUCCAUUAUGGGACAAGGAAUAUUUACGAUCGAUGACAUAAAUAAAUGGAAGGUUAACAGAAAAUUGGUAACUAAAGGUUUUAGUUUUAAACUGUUAAAAGAAUUUAUACCCAUAUUUUAUGGAGAAUCGCUGGUUCUUGCCGAAAUACUUAAAAACAACAGUGACUCGACAUCGAAAGAAUGUGACAUCAGCGUUCCAGUCAGCAUGGCCACGAUGGAAAUGAUCGGUAAAACAGCUCUGGGGGUCACAUUCAACGCUCAAAAGGGAGGCCGCAAUCGAUUUGUCGAAAAUUUACUAACAGCGAUGCACACUUGGGAAUAUAGGAUAACACACCCAUGGUUCUUGAGCAAUACAAUAUUCCAGUUUUCAUCGAUUAAACGAAAACACGAUCGUAGUCAAGAAAUCAUCAACCAGUUCACUGACGAAAUAAUCAAAACGAAAAUUUUGGAGCUAAGCAAAUCGAAACACGAGAAAGGUGUGAAUCCAGAUGACGACGACAUUGGACGAACAACGAAGACGCUCACUGAAAUUUUUCUAGAGAACUCUCAUGAAAAUAUGUCUCUCGAGCAAAUGCGAGACGAACUUGUAACAGUCAUGAUUGGAGGACAAGAAACAACUGCUUUGGUGAAUGCUUGCGUGAUUUUCAUGUUGGCUCAUCAUCAAGACGUACAAGACAAGGUUUUCAAAGAGCAGGAAUCAAUAUUUUCCGGAGAUCGUAAUAGACCGGCAACGUAUAAUGAUUUGCUUCAGAUGGAGUACCUCGAACGGGUGAUCAAAGAAACGAUGCGGCUGUUUCCCCCGCUUCCAGUGUUCGGCAGACACCUGRACGAAGAUAUGACAAUCGGAAAUCACCUAUGCCCAGCUGGAUCCACGCUGGUCAUCAGCCCGUUGUUCCUGCAUUCAAGUCCGCUGCACUACGGUGGAACAGCCCGCGGCCCGGACGCGUUCGAUCCGGACAACUUCCUGCCGGAAGCAUGUCAAGGGCGGCACCCGUACGCGUACAUCCCGUUCAGCGUCGGACCCCGAAACUGCAUCGGUUUCAAGUACGCCAUGCUGCAGAUGAAGACGAUAGCGUCCACGUUGGUCCGCCACCACAGGUUCCUGCCGUCUGACAGGUGCCCGACGCCGGACCGACUGCGUCUCAUAUUCUUGACCACUCUCAAACUGGCUGACGGUUGUUAUGUUAAAGUUGAGCCGCGGAAACCGGAGUAAUACCAGCUGCUGCGGUGGCUACCACAUUUUAUAUACCAAGCUGGUCGAAAACACAUAAUUAUUUUUAUUAUUAAUAUUAUAUUAAACCGAGUUCUCAGCUACGGCGUUCUGAUUAACCAUUUGUAACCAUGGUAUCAUUCAAUUAUCAUGAUCUACCAGAGAAGUUGGGCUGAGCUCAACUUUUGUACCUACACGGUUUAAUUGUAAACCCGGUUUACUAUUAUUAUUAGUACCUAUCAUAUCGUUAUUAUUAUUAU